AUGAAUUUCUUUUCAUUUUUAGAUUCAAGUCCUCAAGUACAAGAUUCUAAACGACAUGAUAUUAAUGUGAGAACUCAACUUGCAGGACAUUUAACAGGUAUUCGCCAUGCUGGAUUACAAAAAAUAUGUGCAGCAUUAAAUUUACCAUCAUCAUUAGAAGAAGGACGUCAUAACAAACGUGAUAAAGAAUUAUUACAAGUAGUGCAAAAAUUUGCCAAUGAAUCUACGUCAACAGCCAUACAAGAAGCUAUUGAUGUUCCCAAAAGUACUGACAUCACCGUUAGUGGUGAUGGAACAUGGCAAACAAGAGGUUUUUCUAGUAAGCAUGGUGCUGCCGACUUGAUAUCUACAUGUGAUUCUCCGAAAGUCGUUGACAUUGAGACAUGUUCAAAAACAUGUAAUGUUUGUUUAGGUGCCGAAAGCUUAUUACAAUUAGGAACACUAGAAGCUCGAGCAAAAUAUAAUCAAAUAAUAAUUAAUCACGAUUGUGGAAAAAAUUUUGAUCAACCUUCUGGCAAUAUGGAAGCAUCGUCCAUCUUAAAAAUGUUUCGAAGGUCUGAAAAAAAAUAUGGUGUUCGCUAUAAAGGUUUUAUAUAUUUAGGAAUUGAAAUACAGAAAAUUGAAGACAUCAAUCACUUUGGAAAACGUCUAAAACGUGCUCUUGAAGUAAUUAAACAAAAAUGUGGUAAAGAGAAGUUAUCAGACGGAAAAAUAAUAGGUGGGAAAGGACGUCUUACAGAUCAAAUGAUAACUCCUUUUCAAAUAUAUUUUUGUGAAGCAAUUCGGAAGAAUAAAAAUGAUCUUGAUAAAUUAUAUAAAAGUGCUCAAGUAUGA